UGAACUCGACCAAACUAAAAUAUUAAAUGUGUUGUUUUCUUUUGAUUUAUUAGCUUGUAAACUGGUGAAAUUAUCUAAAAAUACUUGUAAUAUGGACUGCAUUCAAACGUUAUACGGCAAGUGCCGUUGCUGUCUGAAGGCAGGCGAGCAUCGCGACGUUCUUAAAGAAUAUUACUGCGAUGGAACUCGCGAAGUAUACUUCGAUAUAUUCUUGGAAUGUUUCAAUGUUUUUCUCUCAACAUCAGGUGAAAGCAGUAACCUGAUUUGUGUGAACUGUAUCCAGAGAUUGCGAGAUGCCAAUGACUUCCGCAAAAUGGUGGUUGAGGCAGAGAAGCAACUGCAGUCAGUGAAAGACCCCCCAGAUCUCGAGGUAAAACAAGAAGGCCUAGAAGUGAAGCAGGAGCCCGCAGAUGAUCAUGACUACAUGGACACAGACCACAAGGACUUUGGUACCGAAAACGACGACACACUUGCCCGCGACGAAGCUCGUUUGUUGGCUCGCUUCCCAACUCUGCGUGCUCUGCCAACGAGGGACACCCUGUAUGACGUGUGUCCUCGAUACGUCAUGCAUCUCGACAUGUUGAGGGGAAAGAAAACUCGCUCAAAAGACAUAGAAGAACUAUUAAAUCUGGAGGCUGAAAUGGAAAGCAAGCAGAAAAGCGACCAACGCUACGUCACCGAGAAGGCGGCUCACAUUCACAACGCACAGCUGAUUUUGGAGCACUCCAAUGUUACUGCUUUCAAGGGUAAAAGCAGAGUUGGACUACCCUGUUUCUUCUGCAAAGACAUCUUCGACAGCAUAGAAGAAUUACGAACACAUCAAAAAGAACACAAGAAAAGUGACAUGAAGAAAUCCCUGAAUUCCCUAAGCCCUUACUGUCUUAUUAUAAAUGUGGACAUAACUGACUUAAAGUGUACCUUAUGUGACGCUAGCUUAAAUACUUUAAGACUGCAUCGAGCAAAAUCAGCGAAAACGGCAGUCACCCUUUAG